AUGACGUCUUUGCUUGGGUGGCUAGUCAGUUCUUGUGACGGAGCACUUCGUCGACUUGAUGUUGUGUACUACAACUCCAUUACGGUGCUUUCCAUGGUGGCAGCUUUGGCGGAUGUGGAAGCUCCUUCAGUUUCUCCAAUGCCUUUGAAUAUUGAUUUGAACAUCCCUUUAGAUGACUUAAACACCUCUAAUAACCUCCCAAACAUGCCUUUGAAUAUUGAUUUGAAUGCUCCUCCAAAUAUUGAUUUGAGUUCAUCAAUAGAGGAAGAAGAUCAUAUAGUUGAAAGUGAGUUUGAAGUUGCUCUAUCUAAUGAAGAGGAAGAAGAAGAUAUGGAUGAAGUAGAUGAAAUUGAAAAUCUUUGUGAAUAUGAGAUUGACAAUGAAAAUGAGAUUGAAAAUAUAUCUCCAGGAAAUGAUACUCAAAAUGUGGUGCAAACAUUUCCGAAAAAACGUUGUUUUUUAGAUAAUAGUCAACGGGAUACUAUUUUCCAGGUGUUGAUUAAUUCAAGUGUUGAUGGAAAAAUUAAAAGAGGAGUUGUUAAACAAUUGGCUUUUUUCUAUCAAGUAUCAAUAGAUGUUAUUUAUCGAAUUUGGAAGCGGGCAAAAGAAUCGGGGGUUGUUUCUCAUAAGAAAACAAAAAAUUGUGAUUGGAAGAGAGUUGAACUAGAUAUUGAGAAAAUGCGUAAUCUACCGUUAGUUAAACGUAGUACUAUCCGAUCUCUAGCAUUUUCCUUAGAGACUAAUCCGAGAAAAAUAGGAGAGUAUUUAAAAAAAGGUAUUUUGCGUCGACAUUCAAGUGCAUUAAAACCUCAUAUGACAGAAGAUAAUAUGAAAGCUCGUCUUAAAUAUUGCUUGUCCAUGCUUGAAGAAAGUAACAUUUCAUAUGAUCCAAAGUUUCAGUCAAUGUACAAUAUUGUACAUAUUGAUGAAAAAUGGUUAUAUAUGACUCAAAAAAAUAAGAAUUAUUAUCUUCUUUCAAAUGAGGAUGAACCAUAUCGUUCUUGCAAGAACAAAAAUUUCAUCAUGAAAGUUAUGUUUUUGGUUGCGGUGGCAAGACCUAAAUUUGAUAAUGAAGGCAAUGAAACAUGGUCGGGAAAAAUUGGAGUGUUUCCUCUAGUUGAUAAAGUACCCGCAAAAAGAUCAAGUGUUAAUAGACCAUCAGGGACACUUGAAACAAAACCGAUUACUUCUAUCACUAAGGAAGUUAGUCGAAUGUUUUUAAUAAACAAGGUUUUACCAGCCAUCAAAGAAAAGUGGCCACGAGAAUAUGCAUCAGAACCAAUUUACAUACAACAAGAUAAUGCACCGUGUCAUGUUUCUAUAAACGAUGAAGAAUUUCUACUUGCAGCUUUUGAAGGAGGAUUUGACAUCCGUUUGAUAUGCCAACCACCUAAUUCUCCUGAUUUAAAUAUUUUGGAUUUAGGUUUUUUUUCAGCCAUCCAAGCAUUGCAACAAAAGAAUGCGACGAAGACAGUUGAUGAACUUAUUCAAGUCGUACAAAAUUCCUAUGAUGCUUUCUCUAGCGUAGAUUCGAACAAAAUAUUUCUCACACUUCAAUCAUGUAUGAUUGAAAUUAUGAAAGUCCGAGGAUCGAAUAAUUAUAAAAUUCCUCAUAUAAAAAAAGAUGUGAUGCUUAGACAAGCCAUUUUACCCGCUCAAUUAAAUUGUGAAAAGAAGUUAGUUGAGGAAGUUAUUGAAUGUUUACAAAAUUAA